AAAUCCGAUUUGUUUCAUUUUGGAUGGUCCACGAGUCGAAGACUUUAGACCAUCAUCUGUUUCACCAUGACCAUGCCCUGCUUUGCAUUCAAACACGUAUAGCUCCACCUUAACGACCUCUCCUUCGACCCAAAACCCAUUCAUGGCGGUUCAUCAACGAUCUCGCUCAGUCCCAAUUCACACAUCGCCUCCUCUCUCUCCCAAUUUCUAGGGAUCAAAAUUCGAUUCGCCAAGGUAAGGUCACUACUGUUGGAACUAAAUUACAUUAAUAUGAUGGCCCAUUGAGUAGUGGGUAUUGGGAAAAAUUACAAAAUGAGUUACAGAACGAGGUUUGGAAAAGAUACUAGCGCUUGUGAUAGUGGAAAUACUGCUGAAGGUUCUGGUUCAAGUAUAGGACCCAAUGAAGUAUCAAAUGAUUUUGAUCAUGAAAUUGCUCAACUCACUAAGCAUAGAUCAAGACCCCAUCAGCUUCUGAGCCAGGACAUGCCUGGAAAGUCGAGGUUACUGGUUUCAACAAUGAAAAUGUUGGUUGGUCGUGAAAGUAAUCAUUCGGGACGCGGGAGAUUCUCGUCUGCUGACGGUUGCCAUGUUUUGAGCCGGUAUCUGCCCAUCAAUGGUCCUUGGGGGGUGGACCAGUCAACAAGUCCUGCUUAUGUUUCUCAAUUUUCAAAUGAUGGUUUGUUUUUUGUUGCUGGAUUUCAGGGAGGCCAUAUUAGAAUGUAUAAUGUUGAUAAAGGAUGGAAAGUUCAGAAGGACAUCCUAACCAAAAGCUUGAGAUGGACAAUUACUGAUACAUCUCUAUCGCCAGAUCAACGUUAUCUUGUUUAUGCUAGCAUGACACCCAUUGUCAAUAUUGUCAAUGUUGGAUCUUCUAUGACAGGGUCAGUUGCAAAUGUUACGGAAAUUCAUGAAGGUCUGGAUUUUUCUGUUGAUGGUGAUGAGGACGAAUUUGGAAUUUUCUCAGUUAGAUUUUCAACUGAUGGGCGAGAGCUUGUAGCUGCAAGUAGUGAUGCUUCAAUAUAUGUUUAUGAUCUCCAAGCAAAUAAAGUUAACCUCCGAAUACCAGCACAUGCGUCUGAUGUAAACACUGUUUGCUUUGCGGAUGAGACUGGACAUCUCAUAUAUUCUGGCAGUGACGAUAAUCUCUGUAAGGUUUGGGAUAGACGCUGCUUAAUCACAAAAGGACAAGCAGCUGGGGUCCUCAUGGGACAUCUUGAAGGUGUUACAUUUCUUGAUAGUCGGGGAGAUGGGCGUUACUUAAUAUCAAAUGGGAAGGACCAGACUACCAAACUCUGGGAUAUAAGAAAGAUGUCCUCUAGAGCCAUGUACAGCCCAGGGCUUAGAGAUCAUGACUGGGAUUACAGAUGGAUGGAGUACCCAGCUCAUGCAAAAACUUUGAAACAUCCAAAUGAUCAGUCAUUGGCUACAUAUAGAGGCCAUGGAGUCCUGCGUACUUUAAUUCGCUGUUACUUUUCUCCAGCAUAUAGUACUGGACAAAAGUACAUCUACACUGGAUCUAGUGAUCAUUGUGUCUAUAUAUAUGAUCUGGUGACCGGAGCUCAAGUUGCGAGACUCAACCAUCACGAAGGACCUGUAAGAGACUGUAGUUGGCAUCCUCUCUAUCCGAUGUUGGUCAGCUCUUCUUGGGAUGGGACGAUUGCCAGAUGGGAAUUUCCUGGGGAUGACCAAGUACCCACCCUGGUGAGGCCGAGAGCGCGCCGGAGGAGAGGCUACUAUAACUAUUGAGGAUGGUUCAUGUUUUUCACACAGUUUGUAAUGUUAUACUGCAUUUUUAUUUAUAAAAAAAAUUGCAGUCAGUAAGUACAGAAAAAUUAUAGUUCUUUGGUCGAAGCCUUACAAACUAUAAUGGCUAUACACAAAUGUAAAAUAUGUAAUGUUAUUGUUAUUCACAAUAAAAACAAAUAGUGUGUAAAGUUGCAUUGAUAUGUUCAGCAUGCGACUCACUCCUAUUUGAUUUCAAGGGAUU